GAGCCAGUACAGUAGUACUCCUAUCUUGGAAAGAAAGCUCACCUACACCUAGCUACGUACGUAGUGCCUCGCAGAAACCCCGACCAAAAUGGCACGGUGCUCGCGCGCCUGGCUCACGGUGCUUCUUCUCGCGUGUGCCCUUGUGCAGAGCUCCUACGGCUCGAGACCGUCUCCCAGGGAGCACCAGAAGCCCGGGGCCGUGUCUCCGGUGGUUCACGGCGCCGCCGCACCACACCGCCGUGAGGACGGGACGACCGAAGUCCGGCCCUCCACGGAGGAGGGUCCGACUGGUCAUCGUGGAGCAAACGCUGGUGAUGAUGGUGCUGCUGCUGCAACUUCGGCGAUCGGCGGGAGUGGUGCUGUGUCGUCGGAGCAGAGUAAGGGUUCCGGGCCGCCGGUGCUGCAGCAGGCGCUGGGAAGGAUGCUGGGCACAAGGCUGGCGCGGCGGGUCCUGGGAGGGGAGGCGGAGGACUCGGCGGCCGGGCCGUCGUGCCACUCCAACAACGCGCACAUCACCUGUGCCCCGCCGGCGCAACACUGA